AUGCUACCGUUGGUUACUCGGCCUCAUGGGAUCACUCCCUGCGGACCUGGGAUUUGCCUCUUGGCUGCCGGUACUGCCGCCCGUCAUAUCACUCUGAUUGACCCCCGUGCAUCUGCCACGACUGUGGCUGCCAUGACUCUCCGAGGCCACACCAACGCUGUUGUUGGCUUGGCCCGUGACCCCCACAGCACAUAUGGUCUCAUUAGCGGUAGUCACGAUGGCACGUGCAGAAUUUGGGAUAUCCGGUCCACCAAGACCGACAAGGAAGGUGUUGUUGGUGAGAGUGUUUACUCGAUUACCCGGAAGAGCCUCGAGGAAGAGGGUAAGUCGGAUAGCAAGCGGGUUGGCGGUGAAGGUGUCAAGGUGUUCAGUGUGUGCUGGGACAAGACAGUGGGCAUUGUCAGCGCGGGCGAGGAUAAGCGGAUCCAAAUCAACCGCGGCGAAGGCGUGCUGUCUUCGAAAGCAUGA